AUGCAUAAGCCGUUGGAGGAUGACCUGCUGGGGUUGUGGCGGUGGCAGUGGGAGCAGCGACGAGCAGAUCGACCACUCCUCUACCGCGACCUCGCAACGUCCUACUUCAACCUCACGAACCUUACGAUCCGCACCGACUGGAACACUGCGCAGCAUGACGCCCCUGUCGCGGAGUACCCGAGCGAUCACUACACCCACGACCCGCACGAGUCGAUCGAAGCAUGCAGCUCCGCUUGCACAGCCGCGGAGAAGUGCUUCACGUGGACAUAUCACCUUCGACAAUGCCACCUUGGCACACGACUGCGGGCUGGUUUGCAUGCCGAGCCGAGUCUGAAGAAGGUGGGAGGGAAAACCAAGCUGACAGAGGAUGAUGGGACAUGGACUGACGAAGACUUGAGAUUUGUGGCAGGCUGGAAUCACGAGAAGAUCAAGAAAUGGGUGGACGAGCGGCCUUGUGAAGAGGUGGAGUGGGUGAGACCGAGCAUUACGAGGAUGUUCUGA